CUCUCCUCAGAGAGGGAGGGAGGGUGGUGAUUGGCUGGCCUUUGUAAUCUUCAUUUAUCAUUUCUUUGUAAAACCCGAAUCCCCAAGAGAGGGCUCUUCACCAUAGUCUCAUAUUUGCUCCCAUCACAAUUGCAUUUUCUGUUUACCCAUCCCCACAUUCCGAGGGGUUUCCAUCCCCAUCUGUUUGUUGUUUCGGCGUUGAGAAAAAGGAGAAGCCUUUGAAUUUUUGGGUUUGGAUAUGGCAUCGACAGGUUCUGGAAGUGCUGGAUCCACUGAUGCAGCAAUUGGCAGAAAACAUACCAAGAGACCCAAAUAUUCGAAGUUUACACAACAAGAACUUCCAGCAUGCAAGCCGAUUCUUACCCCGCGAGCGGUUAUUUCAUCAUUCUUGAUUGUCACUGUUUUCUUCAUUCCUAUCGGAUUUGCUUGCCUAUUUGCUUCAAAUGAUGUUGUUGAAAUUAUUGAUAGGUAUGACUCUGAUUGUAUACCAGAAAACUUUAAGACCAACAAAGUAGGAUACAUUCAGAGCUCUGUCGAUAAAACAUGCAAGCGGACACUAAAUGUCACAAAAAAUAUGAAGUCACCAAUAUAUGUUUACUAUCAGCUUGACAACUUCUACCAGAAUCAUCGGCGGUAUGUUAAAAGCCGAAAUGAUGAGCAGUUGAGAGAUCCCAAAAAGGGGAAUGUAACUGAAUAUUGUAAGCCUGAAGAUCUUUCCGAUGGCAGAGCCAUUGUACCAUGUGGUCUUAUAGCUUGGAGUUUGUUCAAUGAUACAUAUAACUUCUCCCGUGAAAACAAUAUUUUGGCGGUGAACAAGAAAGGCAUCUCCUGGAAGAGUGAUAGGGAACACAAAUUUGGAAAAGAUGUCUUUCCCAUAAACUUUCAGAAUGGCUCUCUUAUAGGUGGCGCGCGUCUCAAUGAAUCCAUACCUCUGAGUGAGCAAGAGGAUCUUAUUGUGUGGAUGCGAACUGCUGCUCUUCCAACUUUUAGGAAGCUGUACGGACGAAUAGAGGUUGACCUCAAGGCAGGUGACCAGAUACAUGUGACAUUGAAGAACAAUUACAACACAUACAGUUUUAAUGGAAAGAAGACGCUUGUACUGUCAACUACUACUUGGCUUGGUGGGAAGAAUAACUUUCUUGGCAUUGCAUAUCUCUCUGUUGGAGGACUGUGCUUCUUUCUGGCCAUGACUUUUACUAUCAUAUAUUUGAUGAAGCCAAGGCAACUUGGAGAUCCAUCAUAUCUGUCAUGGAAUAGGAGUCCUGGUGGGCAAUAAGCAGAGAUCCUAAUUUACUAGUUACCUUCCAAGAUUCAAGGCUUGCUUAUUUUGCUGUGUCAGGUUUUGUGUGUAUCUAUGUUGCUUAUACGUGCUGGAUUCGCUUAAGCAAUCACAUGAUAUUAUCAUCUUUUGUCUGGGUCUUCUAUGCUUCAUUAAUGUAAACAUGUGUUGCGUGUGAGAAAUAGUAUCCAGUAUUUCUGGCAGUCGUUUUCUUAUACAAACUUGAGAGAAAAAGGAGGGUUCUUGUUUCCUCUUCUGGCUCUGGUAGAUUUGUAUAGAAGGAAUAGAAAGAGUCAAGUGAGGUUUCUUGUUUCCCUUUUUUGAAAUGGAGAGACAGAUGAUUUUCCUUUCAUU